AUGGAAGAUAUUUUAAAAAGGAUUAAUUACUAUAAUGUUCAACUUGAUAAAGAGCUUUCAAAGUAUCCUCAAAUGAGAAAAUUGGAACAAUAUACUAAUGUUCCGAAAACUUAUCUUGUCGUUGGUGUUAUCGCUUUCCUAUUUUCGAUGAUCUUUUUCAACAUUCUUGGGGAAUUACUUUCUGACAUUAUUGGUUGGCUUUAUCCAG